GUGGGUCUGCCCUUACCCCCUUAAUGGGAUAAUGUUUGCUUAUGUCCCAUCAGUUCCUUACCUUCAAAAAACCUUCACUCUCGCUUAUUCUGGUUUAUCUCGACAUCCUGUAGUGAACCUGAGAGAAAUAUGGAGACACUUUCCAGAGCUGGAUUGUUAAGCAGCCCCAACUUUGCAGAGCUAACAUGCCCUGCUCCACUUCCUAUCAGAACGUCUCCAUUUCAUCGUGGUUGUGCCCUGUCGAGGAAAAAUCCAAGAUUUUCCGUCUUCAGAAACGCUCUUCCUGGGAAUGAACUUGCAAGAGAAGAUGCUUUACAAAUGUUUCUGAGAGAGAGACAGUUGAAUGGAGAUUUUAUAUCGAAAGCUACAGAUAUUCUCUGGAUAAGGGGUAAUUUGGAAUCUUUCGAUUCAGAGAUCAGCAUUUAUGGUGAGAUUCCUCAACAACUGGAGGAGGUCAUUGAAAAGGAAAAUGAUGGUGGAUUUUUGAAGCUGAAAAAAACUCAAGAGUGGGUCUUGGGUGACAAUAUUGCCCCAAUCAAUAAGAAAACCAAUACAAAGGAGUUGCAGAAUAAUAGCGAAAGAAGGAAGAGAUUAAAUUUUCUCAAAUAUGAAGCUCUUAAGAAGGAAUUGAUGCUUCUAAAUACUGCUAUUGGAGCUGCAUGCAGCGGAUAUUGUUUGGUAGCCUUUUCAGUCCAGGCUGCCAUCAGUUACGCUUCAGGAGUUCUUUUCAGCUCUCUGUAUCUUCAGCUCUUGUACCGCCAUGCUGACAGCUUGUCCAAGGAAACUGUUCCUCAAAUCUUCAUGCUGAAGAAGUCAAAGAAAAUUGGUAUAAGAAGUGAGGACCUAAAGAAUCUGUUGGAGAGAUCUAUCAAGGGUAGCACCAUAGCUCUUUCAUCUCCAAGACUUGUGAUCCCUGCAGCAAUAUAUGGAAUUUGGGGCCUGUCUCAGCAUUUCUCUAAUGAUCUCUUUGAUUUCCAGCUUGUUCCAGCAAUGUUUGGGAUGUUUGCCUAUAAGGCUGCUGCUUUGGUUCAAGUUUAUAGGGACAACGAGGACCUGAGAUUAGUCUUUCCAGAGAGCGAGGAAUCUACUAAUUACCCAUUGGGGCUAUCUCAAUAUAACAUCAUCUCAUGGAUCCUUUCGGAUGUACCUCAGUAUCUUGCAAUGUUUGUUAAAUUGGUAGAUUGACAACCAGAACAUUGUUGAUCAAUUCCACAUGUAAUUAGGUCUGGAAAGGAAAUUUUUGUUAAACAUCAAAUAUAAGAGAAUAGCUGCAUUUAUAUGCCGAGGAAA